GGUCUGUAUUCGUACCUGUGCAAGUAUUUUGCAGACUUCGGCAGCAGAGGAGUGGUGGUUGGCUUUGACACCAGAGGACAGGAGGAGAGCGGCUGCAGCAGUCACAGGUUGGCGAAGUUGACGGCGGCCGUGAUGCUCAGCAGAGACAUUCCCGUUCAUCUGUUCUCGGCGUUCGUCCCGACGCCGUACGUGCCGUACGCCGUGAAGAAGCUUGGCGCUGCAGCCGGAGUGAUGAUCACCGCCUCGCACAACGCCAAAGAAGACAACGGGUACAAGGUGUACUGGUGUAACGGCGCUCAGAUCUCCUCGCCGCACGACAAAGGGAUCCUGCAGGGUAUCGAGGAGCAGCUGGAGCCCUGGAGCGCCUCCUGCUGGGACGAGAAGCUGGUAGAGACCUGCUCCCUGGGGACCGACCCCCUGACCCAGAUCAACCGCUGCUACAUGGAGGAGCUCACCGCCCUCUGCUUCCACAGGGAUCUGAACAGGAGCUGUCCGUUGAAGUUUGUCCACUCAUCAUUCCACGGUGUGGGACACGUCUUCGUCCAGCAGGCCUUCCAUGCCUUUGGCUUCGAAGCGCCAAUCCCCGUCCCUGAGCAGAAAGACCCUGACCCCAACUUCUCGACUGUCCGCUGCCCAAACCCCGAGGAGGGAGAGUCGGUUCUGGAGCUUUCGCUUCUCCUGGCAGAGCGGGAAAACGCUCGCAUCGUCCUGGCGACGGAUCCUGAUGCCGAUCGGUUGGCCGUCGCUGAGAAGUCUGAAGGGUGCGGUUGGAGGGUGUUCACGGGUAACGAGCUGGCGGCUCUGUUGGGUUGGUGGAUGUUCUUCAAUUGGAAGGAGGCUCAUCCGGAUCCUGCAGACACUCAGAGGAUUUACAUGUUGGCCACCACAGUGUCCUCCAAGAUCCUGCAGGCCUUCGCUCGCAUCGAGGGCUUCCACUUCGAGGAAACUCUUCCCGGCUUUAAGUGGAUCGGAAACAGAAUACACGAACUCUCCAAAACAGGAAACAGCGUCAUAUUUGCCUUCGAGGAGUCCAUCGGUUUCCUGUGCGGCGGGAUGGUUCCUGAGAAAGACGGCGUGAGCUCGGCGGCGGUGGUGGCUGAAAUGGCGUCUUACCUCCACAACAAGAGCCUGAGUCUGAACCAGCAGCUGCACAACAUCUACCAGACGUACGGACAUCACGUGUCGAAAACCUCGUACGUCGUCUGUAAGGACCCGCCCACCAUCCAGAAGAUCUUCGGCCGCAUCAGAAACUUUGACGGCGAAGCUUCGUACCCGAAGACGUGCGGCGGCGUCCGGAUCGUCCACGUCCGAGACGUUACCACGGGAUACGACAGCAGCCAGCCCGACCUCAGAUCAGUACUUCCUGUGACGAGGAGCAGUCACAUGAUCACCUUCACCCUCCAGAACGGCAUCGUGGCGACGCUGAGAACCAGCGGCACAGAACCCAAAAUCAAAUACUACACCGAAUACUGCGCUGCACCGGGCAACAGCGAGGCGUCGCGUCUGGAGGAGGAGCUCCAGAAGACCACGGCCGCCCUGCUGGACGAGUUCCUGGAGCCCGAGAGGAACAACCUGAUUCGCCGCUGCGUCUAACUCCGCCUCCACUCCCAUUGGCUGUUUCCCGUCGAUGAUGUCACAUCCUGUCGUGUUCGUAGACGGAGCAGAGCAGCCGCUGCCUCUCCCUGUGGUGUCGAUAAAGUUCAGUUUAGACUCAAAUAUGAACAGAUUCAUUAAUACUGCGGCAUUCUGUGUCCUCCAUACAGCAGAGAGCAUGAUGGGAAUCAGAGUCCAGCCAAAGACAGAUG